AUGAAUGAGAAGAUUGGGCAGUUGGAGGCCACGCAGCUUGCCACCAACACCAAGCUUACAGGGCUGGAGACAUCAGUCGCUCGUAUUGACAAAAGCCUUGCUGCUAUUUUGAGGCGCUUUGAUGAGAUGCACGCCAAAACCACUAAUGGACAUGAUGGAGAUAACAACAAGGAUGAGCAUGUCGAGGACAAUUGGGAUGCUGAUACUGAACAAGAUGACCCAGAUGCUCAUGAUCGCCGACGACUACGCAAUAAUCGCAGAGGUAGUGAGGAACAACCAGAAGAAGAGAUUGGUGCAGAGGAUGCAGAUCAUUAUGAGAGCCUCAUUUUGCUGCGAAGGAUCUGGACAGCUGUAGCUGUUACGACUGCAAGGCCGCCAACAAAUAGCAAGAUGGAAAAGUCGUCAAAGAUUGUGGCAAAAUGGGAUUCAUUUGCCGCGAAAGCUUUCAAUGACAUUUGUGUGGAAGAAGUACUUGCUUUCAAUCGACCGCAGCAAUGUUUGAAUGCGGUGGGAUAUGCAAACCUUAUUAGAAAGUUUUAUGAGCGUACCAAGAGGCCAUACGGUGAGAGUCAAAUGAAGAAUAGGUGGGAUAUAUUGAAAAAAAUGUAUACCCAAUGGAAAACUUUGAACUUGAGAUCAACCGGAUUGGGAAGAGAUCCUGUUACUGGUUGUAUUGUGGCUGACGAUGAAUGGUGGGAAGAACAAAAUAAGGCUAUGCCAGGUUGUAUCCGAUUCAGAACAGCUCCGCUUGAAUAUGAGGAUCAGAUGCGAAUCAUGUUUGAAUCAGUCAUUGUUACAAAUGAAACUUCAUAUGUUCCAAGUGGUGAUGGAAACGUUGAUGUUGAUGAACAUGAUGUUGUUGAUGUUGAGGGCAAUAAUGAUAGAGAGGCACAUAAGGUCCCAUCCAGUUCUGAGCGGAGGGCUUCAAAAAGGCCAGCUCCUAGUUCCCCUAAAGGAAAGAAGAAGAAGACUUUUAGAGACCAGUGCAUGAAGCGGUUGGUCGAUGCAUAUGAGUUGAAAGCUCAAAGUAGUAAACAUUUAGCUACUUCACAGGUUGUUGAUCACGUUAGAGAUGAGAUUGGAAAUAUGUUGGAGCAAGUCAUUAAGGAUGGGGCUGAGGAGGGGAGUGAUGAACACUUCUAUGCUACACAACUUCUUCAAAAAAAGGAGAACCGUGAUGUGUUCAUUACAUUGAAGACACCAAAUGGGAGGUUGAAUUGGCUGAGGAGGGCUUGGGACAUAAGGAAGAAGCACUAGGGUGUUGCAUUAGUGUGCCAUUUAUCUUUCAUUUGUCUUAUGUUGUGUGAGACAUAAUUUCAAUUUUCUAAGUAUGCUGUGUGAGACUAUGAACCUUCUAUUAGUUGUGUUGUAACAAUAAAAAUUCAUCUGAUGACUUGGUUAGUGCUUUUUGACA